GCUCACAAAAGGCUAUGUGGCAAAAUGAGAUAACUUUUACCUUAAAAAACUACGGGAAAUUUCCCCUUUCCAGACUGCCUCCCGAGUUACCGCAAAUAUGGACGACGAUGCUGCUUUAAGGGAAAGUGUCUCUAACUUGCGCGAUGCUAUUUUAUUGGGGAGAUCGGAUAUAAUACGGAGUAUUUUAUCCACCGCGGCUGAGUUUCGAGAAGAAGGAGAGUUAUUUGGUGAUGACGAAGACAAUGACCCACUUGCCAGGCAGAGGUACUUCGAAGAGUACACUGACCCUUAUGAUAUCUUGAAGCUGAUCCUUAACUAUGUUGACAGUGAUGCCGGGACAUGUUUACACUUAGCCACUAAGAUGGGGUUUGCAGAUGGUGUACGGUCACUUCUAGCUGCUGGGGCUGACCCAACUAUCACAAACAAUGAGGGAGCCACGCCCUUUGACUACUGUACUGACAAAAGCAUUCUUGGAGUUUACAAUGAAGAGCUGCUUCAGGCUGCCGCAGGGGCAAAUAUUCCAAGGGUGAGGCGGUUACUGAAGGCAGGUGUAAGUGCAAAUGCAAGCGAUGGAGCAGCCACCGAUAACAAAGUCCUGCACUGGGCAGCUAGUUUUGGUACCCCUGAAGUGAUUGCACUCUUGUGUGAGAAUGGAGCUGAUACCAACUGUUUAAACGCUAAUGGCUCAACACCACUGCAUGAUGCUGUGACUCGAGAGGAUCUUGAGGUCAUACAGACACUUCUUAAUUAUGGCGCUGACACUGGUAUUAUUGCCAAGAGUGGACCCCUUGAAGGGAAGUCAGCAUUAGAUUUAGCAUCAACAGACGAGUUGGAAACGAUUCUGGCAUCUAGUACAAAAGUGAAAGCGAAACCAUUGCAAAAUGGAGAGAUUCACGAACCAUCCGAUGUUGAUUCCUCAGAUUCUGUUGAAACAAUAUCUCAGCUCCCGUCACCACCACCAGUGACUAUCAAACAACUUUCAGCGAAAACUAAUAGCGCCACUUUCAUUGACCCCAAGUUUUUCCAUCUUUGGCCAUCACCACAGAGGAUCCAAGAGAUAAGUGGAACCAGGUUUUUUCCUUCAUCUACUGUUCCAGUAUACAUUGAAAGGUCCAAAGAAAAUUUGUCAGAGUUGACAGGCAUCUGGGAAACAUUAGGGGAAAAGUUUGAGCAGGCCGGUCACUCCUUAGACAUCAAGAUUAUAACAGUAAGUGAGGAAGUCCGUUCCCCUCCUGGUAGCAUCAGAUGUCAACUCUGUCCCAGCCUCUUCCACCGUACAGAGAGCUAUAGAAUACAUGUUACUGAGAAAUUGGUGUUGUUGGUUGCAAGUGAGGCAGUCUCCCUUUGGUAUGCUGUCAAUACUGUGCUACAGAUGUUGCGUGUGUUCAACAACAAAGGAAUCCCGCAGUCAAGGAUAAGUGAUUGGCCAGAUGUGAAACACAGGGGAAUCUUGCUGGAUGUGUCUACUGGGCGUGUCCCCAAAAUGGAAACACUUAUGUCCUUGGUUGACAUCCUCUCCUCUGCCAAAGUGAACCAAUUACAGCUGUACAUGCAAAAUACCUUCGCAUUUGAAGGCCAUGAGAGUGUGUCACGGAAUAGUACUCCCUACACACAAAGUGAUAUAAUCAAACUUGAUGAGUAUUGUAGACGUCGCUACAUUGAGCUUGUGCCACAUAUUGAGAGUCUAUCCGGAUUCCAUCGCUGGUUUGUCUAUAAACAAUACACACAUUUAGCUGAAAGCCACACAGAUGUAGAUACCUCCAUAGAAAGCCCUGUGCCACGUUCUCUAUGUCCAUCAAAUGAUGAUUGUAUUUCUUUAUCUCGAGGACUUCAUGACCAGGCCUUCCCUUGCUUUGCAUCCACAAGGUUUGCACAUGUGGGUGUGGAUGUGACGGAAGAAUUCGGUCGAGGGCAGUCAUACGUCAUGGCGCAGGCCAAAGGAGAGCAAGAGCUUUACUUGUCAUACUUGAGAGCCAUGUAUCGAUCAUGCAGGAAGCAUGGGAGAACAAUGCAGUUCUGGGCAAACCCCUUACACGACGAGCCUGCGAUCACACUUAACCUGCCCUGUGACGUCAUAGCCAUGGAGUACGGUGACAAGCCUGGUUAUGAUUUUAUGAAACAAUGUCGAACCCUGUCCGACGAGGGAGUGAGUUUUUACGUUUGCCCAGGAACUUUAACAUGGAACAGCGCAUGCGCAAACACAGACGAUAGUCUUACGCUGACCAACAACGCCGUCCAGGCUGCGAUAGCGUGUGACGCUCUAGGUGUUCUCACCUGUGAUUGGUCACUCCCUGGUCACGUGAAUCCUCUUUGCAUGAGUAUCCCUGCAUUCCUUGCGACGGCGGGGCUAUCUUGGAAAGCGGACACUGAUUUGGCCGAUGUAAAAUCUUUGCUGCCCGAAAUCGUUAGUACCCACGCCCUACUCGAUAACUCCGCCAAGAUAGGCCACGCUCUGUGUGACCUGGGGAGAGUUCACGCUAUUUUGACAAAUGAUCUGGAGCGGGCGCAAGACGACUGGAAGACCAGCGGCGUGCACCCACUCGGGCAUGACCAGCAAGGAACUUUGAUAUGGCGGGUUUUGUCGAGUGGUGGAGAAACCGACCUUAGAGGAGUAACGCUAGAUUCAGUACAGCAAGCCACGCGUCACAUUCGUCAGUGCCAGAACACCAUCAUGACCGCUGAGCUCAAGUGCGCCCACGGCCUGGACAUCCUCAAAGAGCUGGACACAACCGCUGAUCUCAUUUUAUUCGCAUGCAGGAUCUGCAGGACAAUGCUGCUGGCCCAGAAACAGAACACCGAAGUGAAAUCUGUGAGAGAUCUGCCAGCCAUUAACCGAACAGACCUCGCUAAUAGGUUACUGGGUCUGAUUGAACAUUACCAGAAGGUCUACCUAUUGCAGAACAGAUCUGGCGGCCUACUUUCCGCCAAACAACAACUGGAAAAGAUCCUUCAAAAACUUCUACCAGAGACGCCAAGCAACUCUUAGAGGCAGAUGGAUAGUCUGUUAUUUAUUUGAUGGUUAUUUUGAUAUAUUGAAAGAUAUAAAAAGGGUAAUGGGAGGCAUGGAAGAAGUAAAGUUUAGUGCUAUGUUGUAAGAAUUAAACAAUUUGGAUUAAAGAAUGUCAAUCACCCA